AUGCAACCCGAACAGCACGGUCGGGCCAGUCUCCAAGUCGCCCCCCUCGACCUGGUCAGGAAUCCCUCUGCCUCAGCAGUCAAUGGCCCUUACCAGCACGCCAACUCCUCGCAAUCCGCACAAAUGACACCUCCUGUCACUCCCAGUAGCUCCCAAGAGGACUUAUCGCCUGACGCGCCUCCAAUCUUCCACAACUUCCUGCGAGCCUUCUAUCCUUUCCAGCCUAGCCAUGCUGCCACCGAAUCCAGUGUCACUCUACCACUCGAGGAAGGCGACGUUAUCCUCGUUCAUUCUAUUCACACCAAUGGCUGGGCAGAUGGCACCCUAUUGAUCUCAGGCGCGCGUGGUUGGCUUCCCACCAACUACUGCGAAGCCUACGAACCCGACGAUCUGCGCGCCCUGCUCAAGUCUCUUCUCAACUUCUGGGAUCUAUUACGAAGCACCUCGGUAGAUGACAGUGAACUCUUCAGAAAUCAGGAGUUUAUGAAGGGGAUUAUUGCUGGUGUCCGGUUCCUAUUGGAACGCACAAACUGCUUAAAUAGAGAGUCUGUAAUUGUUCAGCGCAACGAUGGUCUGCGAAAAUGCCGGAAAUCGCUCUUGGCUGAACUCUCCUUACUCGUCAAGACGGCCAAGCGCCUUCAGGACUCUCAGCGACAAAUCUCUUACCCAGUCGAGGAUGUUAAUGAUGUGGUUGAUGAGAUGAUCCUCAAAGCCUUCCGCAUUGUCAACAAGGGUGUGCGAUUUCUUGAUGUGCUCGAGGAAGAUCGAAGAGCCCGCGCUCCUGCUUCCGUCACCGUCAUGGCGACAGUUCAGGAGGAGUCAUACGUCCCACCGACACCGCCCGCAGACAGACUCACCUUCGACGAGCAGCGCAUUGAUACAACGUCUGAGGCUGGCUCAAGAGCUUUUACAGAUGACACUAACGCCAGCGUCGCGGCCUCGGAUCUUAGCGAAGCAAUCCACGCCUCGCAAGCUCAUUGGAACAAGCGCCUAUCGUCACUCAACCAAACCUCCACCACUGCCAACCGUAGAGCAUCUCAAGGCAGCAUCUCUCAAAAUCGGUCGUCCGCCACCUUUGCGCACCGUGUAUCCUUGGCAGGGCCAUCGCCUCAUUCCCGCCCUGGCUACUUGAUCUCCGAACGUCUUGGUCGCAAGCACGACAGAUUUCUUUCUCAUCUCGGUUCCUUCAUUGGAAGGUUACACUGGCACUCACCUUCGCGCAUGGAGCUGUCGCGUUCUGUCAGCCAGUCGGCUUGCUCAGCCGGUGAGCUUCUCACAGUCGUCGACGGAGUCAUGGCUCACUGCAAUGUGGCUCCGGUCGCCUUGCAAUCGGCGCGAGCUGCUUUCCUUGAGCGCUCCCAUGGUCUCGUCUUUUCGACGAGAGACAUCCUUGUCCGUGCCGCAACUCAAGACGCCGACGUCAUCACUUCAUACGAUACCUCUAUCCUCCUUGCCUCUGCUACUGACUGUGUCAAGGCUGCUGGAGAAUGUGUAGCCAAGGCGAAGGCCACGAUUGAGCGAAUCGGCGACUUCGAAUAUGAUGUUGAAGGUAGUGCCCUUGAUAUUGAUUUGUCUAUUCUAGACAUUGUCCCUCACGAACGCUCACGAACACCUUCGGCUGCCGAGCCCUGCCCUUCUGAGGCCGUUAGUGCUGCCGAGUCCCUGCAAGCUGCGGAUUCUUACAUACCUGUUCGCCGAGAAUCCCUCAUUCCACUCAACAGCAACACGCACAAUACCUUCACCUCUAAUGCGGCUAGCACCAAAAGUGGCUCACCAACUUCUUCAAGGCCGUCGUCUUCCAAGUCAGCCACUGAAGAUGGUUCUAAUUCAUCAGCGUUUGCUACGCGGCCGAGUCUCCCACCUCUACCGAAAUUGACCACGACCCUGCUGCCUCCAGACGCCAAUAACCACUCGGACAUGUCCGCCCGUGAACUUGACAACCACUCUGCGCGAUUUGAUGCCGUCGCGGCAUCCAGUGCUGGUAGCAGCACAACUUAUUUAAGCAGGGACUCCGAGGCCAGCAUGAUCUCGCAGACGUCAACGAGAGCUACAACGCCAGAGCAGAGCCUAGCCCCUCGACCCAAGCCCUCCAUCUCCGAUAUGAGCUCUGCCAGCAACACAGCCCUAGCGGAUGACGCAGACGAUGUGGAGUCUCGACUUCUCGAAAAGACUUUUGCCCAUGAGUUGAUGUUCAACAAGGAGGGACAGGUCACCGGCGGUUCUCUGCCUGCUCUGGUGGAGCGCCUUACUACACAUGAAUCUACUCCUGACGCAACCUUUGUGUCCACUUUCUUCCUUACUUUCCGUCUCUUCUGCACACCUAUUAAGCUGGCGAAGACUCUGGUUGAUCGUUUCGACUACGUCGCCGAUGCUCCUCACAUGGCCGGGCCUGUGCGUCUGAGAGUAUACAAUGCUUUCAAGGGCUGGCUUGAGUCUCACUGGAGGGACUCAACUGAUCGCGACGCUCUCAAGGUCAUCAUGCCUUUUGCCGAGGGCAAGCUGGCCGCGGUUCUGCCUUCUGCUGGACGACGCCUACUGGAACUGGCCAUGAAGGUCUCCGGACAAGGGUCCCUAGUCCCGCGCUUCGUGUCGUCCAUUGGCAAGACCAACACGGCCAUUGGACAGUACAUUCCUGCCGAAACGCCACUGCCACCGACGGCUGUCUCGAAGCACCAACAGCAUCUGCUCAAUGCUUUCAAGGCCGGAACUGCUGCUCCAACGCUCCUCGACUUCGAGCCCAUUGAACUGGCUCGUCAGAUCACACUGAAGCAAAUGGGCAUCUUCUGCUCCAUCAUGCCUGAAGAGCUACUUGGCUCUCAGUGGAUGAAGAAGGGUGGUGUAGAGGCACCCAACGUCAAGGCUAUGUCUUCGCUUUCGACAGACCUGUCAAACCUGGUUGCUGAUACCAUUCUCGAACAUGUCGAGAUCAAGAAGCGUGCCACCAUCAUCAAACACUGGAUUAAAGUCGCCUACCAGUGCCUGGAGCUACACAACUAUGAUGGUUUGAUGGCUAUUAUCUGCAGCCUCAACAGCAGCACCAUCAACCGCCUACGGAAGACGUGGGAUGCUGUUUCUCCGAAACGCAAGGACUUGCUACGCAGGCUGCAACAGAUCGUCGAACCUUCGCAAAAUAACAAGGUGCUACGCACCAGACUACACGACCACGUACCCCCUUGCCUGCCCUUCCUGGGCAUGUACCUAACCGAUCUCACCUUUGUCGAUAUCGGCAACCCUGCCACCAAGCAGAUGUCGCUUGGUACCGAAGGCGCGGACGACGGAACUGGAGGCCUGACGGUUGUGAACUUUGACAAGCAUACUCGCACGGCUAAGAUCAUUGGCGAGUUGCAACGUUUUCAAAUUCCGUAUCGGUUGACCGAGCUCCCGGACAUGCAAGAUUGGAUCACAUCCGAAAUCAGCCGCGUCCGCCAGAACGACCAGGGCAAUGUCCAGGUCAGUUACUACCGCAAGAGUCUGCUCCUCGAGCCUCGUGAAGUGCGGCGAGACGUGGAACCGCCGACACCCGUCGCAACUACUGGCGCUGUACGAGGCGAUCUUUUCGGCUGGAUGACUCGCGACCGCAAUCAUCACAAUGCCACGCCAGCGCAGGUAUAG